GUUUUCACUCCUCUGCGACACUGAUAAGUUCCUCCCGCAGCCUGUUACGCCUUUCCCUUUCCCUGGAUUGCCUGGUCCACCUAAAGAACUUAUCAGAGUCUCUGGUAGCUCCCUUCACCUACGUGAUUCUGCUGUCCUCUGAUCUGCCCUGCAGCCAGAGAGCAUCCCAUGACGUUCCCACUGCAUGCAUCCACACUCUGCAGUUGCCAGUUCUGGGUGCACCAAGCUCCUGUCCCCCCUCCUGGUUCCUGGGAUGAUGACACACUGAGAAGCUUCCCCUGAGCCCAAGCCCCCAUGGCAUCCCAAGACAAAGAUGUGGGGCUCUCACUGCCCUCUCCCUGGGCCUCCCAGAUGGGGCCCUGGGAGGCCAUUCUCAAGGCUGUCAGGGAGCAGCUUCCGUCUCUUGACUCGGAUUCCUCUUUGUCAGACUGCGGAGAAGAGGAGCUGUUCAUCUACCAGCGAAAUCAAACCACCCUGAUUCCAGACUUGUCGGAGGAGCUGGCUGAAGACCCUGACGGGACCUGGGUCACUCCAGCCAACAGGUCUCCUCCUGAGCCACCUGUGGUGCCUGUGGAGUUCUCAGCAGAGCCCUGGGGUGAAAGGAAUGCAGGGAUGAAGGAAGGAAGGGACCCUGGCCAGCCCUUGGAGAACAGUGGUGAGAGAAGCUCUCUUCUUAGGAUGCCUAAGGAGACACCCACAUGGCAGGAAGGCGACAUGUCUUUCAACACCAAAGGAUCCCCGAGUCCUCCCUGGGGACCGCAGGGAGAAGCCACCCUCUGUCUCCCAGAAGGAGACCCAGGGAUGGACCCAAAUGCUGCCUCCUGGGUUCGGGAGGGCUCAGACUCUGCAAACCGGAGAGCCCUCCGAAGGGAGAGAAGGAAGAUGAUUGAGAGAGACCUACUUCAUAAAGUCACCUGGAGUGACCACAGUGAAGUGAAGGAGACGCCCCGUGAAGCUGAAGCGACAGGUCCAAGACCAGGAACUCCACUACAGGGGCCCCAGGAAGGCCUGCCAGUGCUCUCCCUCCAGCAACUUGAAGAGUGGGAUUUGGAUCACAUCCUUCAGAGUCUGGCUGGACGAGAAGACGACCGGGGAGAUCGAACACCUGGAGCAGUGUGGUGGGCAGCUGAUCACCUCCAGAGCAGAGAUCAUGCUGAGCCCAGUGCCCAGGACAGGCUCAUGGAACAGCUCACCCUCCUGUGUGCCAAGCAGUCUGGAGCCUCUUCCUCUGCCUGGAAGGUGUCUGCUGACAUGCCCCAGGACAAUGAGCAGCUGGAGGCCAGGAACAGAUGUGCUUUGACCAAGCCAGGCUUCCAGGCAGAGCUGUGUCAGUGGCAGCUAAGGAGCCCGGUGGAGCCUCCCACCACCUUCAUCGACCUGAGGCCCAUGGAGCCAUCAGACCAAGGGUCAUUGGAAAGCUCCAGCUCCAGCUCCUCUGACAGUGAAGAGCCAGGGGAAGAGAAGACAGCUGCUCUGAGAGACCAGCAGGGCCCAUCGGGGCUACGGGACUGUACUGGGAAAAGUCAGCUUCUCCAGCAGCUCAGGGCUUUUCGGAAGGGGAUGGUUCAGCCCCAGUUGCCUGCCAGCAAGGGUCCUAGCGACCAGAAGGCUCAGGACCCUGAAGAUACAGCUGGAUCUGGGACUGGGAGGAAGCAACAUGUGAUACACUGAGUUCAGGAAGACCCUCGGAAGUCCCAGGGCCCUGGGGGAUCCUCUUGGGCCAGGAACAGCCAGGGAGGUCCUGGUGUCUCCUCUGGGCCAACUGGAUCUUAGGAGAUUAGUGGGAUGGUUUGACUCUGUCAACAUGCCCAGGCCCUGAUGGUCCAUCCCUCUACCCUCUCCUUUCCAUUAGCAGAUGCUUUUGCAGCACAGGGCCUCAGACUGUGGAUCUGUCACCUACCCCUCUGUUAAAAUUUGGUCAGACCAUUUUCAUGCAUUUAGAGCAAAAAGAUGCCAACACAAACUUGUAUGUACAGUUUGAUGACAAAUCAACUGCCCCAAUCCUCUGAGAGGGUCUGGGAGGAAAGCCAUGAAGACAAUGGUUUUGUUCUGAUCGUGGACCUGUGAGCCUAUUCAUCUUUGUCCAUUUCUGCAUUUUUCCCCCUUUAAUGUGCAUCUAUUAUUUCCAUCAGACAAGGUCUUUUUAAAGCCUAUAAAACUUAAGUAAAACAUAUUUAGAGAAUUUCAGGGUGAAAAGAGUCUUGAAAGAGAAUUUAGCCCAAUUUUCUGGGUCCCUGGAUAUUUUGUGUACUUAAAUUAACAUACCACAAACACACUAAAUGAACUUUUGAUUGGAAUUUGA